AAUUUUCUAAUUUUAAUUUGGCUGGUUUCUAAAAAUACAACUUUCUCAGCUGUUUUAAAAAUAGAACAGGUCUAUCAGUCGAACAAAAUUUUGUUGCUGUGUGGAUAUAAAAUUAAUGUAAAAAUUUGCAAAAAAUAAAAAUAAACCCCCACUAUGGCAGAAGCCGAGGGGGGAUCCGAACAGGAUGAUGUCUCGUUCUUACGAACGGAAGACAUGGUAUGUCUUUCGUGUACUGCAACAGGAGAACGUGUCUGUUUAGCAGCCGAAGGAUUUGGAAACAGACAUUGUUUCUUAGAAAAUAUUGCUGAUAAGAAUAUACCACCAGACCUUUCCCAAUGUGUUUUUGUAAUAGAACAGGCCCUAUCAGUACGUGCUUUGCAGGAAUUAGUUACAGCUGCAGGAAACGAAACAGGCAAAGGUACUGGAUCAGGACACAGAACUUUGUUGUACGGCAAUGCAAUAUUAUUAAGGCAUCAGAACAGUGAUAUGUAUUUGGCUUGUCUAUCAACGAGUUCAAGUAAUGACAAAUUGGCUUUCGACGUUGGUUUACAAGAUCACAGCCAUGGUGAAGCUUGUUGGUGGACCGUUCAUCCUGCUAGCAAACAAAGAUCUGAGGGUGAGAAAGUACGCGUAGGAGAUGAUCUUAUUUUGGUAUCAGUUGCCACCGAAAGAUACUUGCAUACAACCAAAGAAAACGAAGUAUCUAUAGUAAAUGCAAGUUUUCACGUGACACAUUGGUCUGUCCAACCAUAUGGAACCGGUAUAUCUAGGGUCAAAUAUGUAGGUUAUGUGUUUGGCGGUGACGUUCUCAGAUUCUUUCAUGGAGGUGACGAAUGUCUCACUAUACCUUCUACAUGGGAUACAGAACCACAACAUAAUAUGGUUAUUUAUGAAGGCGGUAGUGUCAUGUCUCAAGCUAGAUCACUUUGGAGAUUAGAGCUAGCACGAACCAAAUGGGCUGGUGGUUUUAUAAAUUGGUAUCAUCCCAUGAGAAUAAGACAUAUCACGACAGGACGAUAUUUGGCUGUAAACGAAAAUAACGAACUGUACCUUGUUAGCAGGGAUGAAGCUAACACCGCGACAACAGCUUUCUGUUUACGACAAGAAAAAGACGACCAAAAAGUUGUAUUAGAAGAUAAAGAUUUGGAAAUCAUCGGAGCUCCUAUAAUCAAAUAUGGUGACUCGACUGUCAUUGUGCAACAUUCUGAAACUGGUCUCUGGUUGUCUUACAAGGCAUACGAGACAAAGAAGAAAGGCGUCGGAAAAGUUGAGGAAAAACAAGCCGUACUUCACGAAGAAGGUAAAAUGGAUGACGGUUUGGAUUUCAGUAGAUCCCAAGAAGAAGAAUCCAGGACCGCUAGAGUUAUCCGUAAAUGCAGCUCUCUCUUUACGCAAUUCAUAAACGGUCUAGAGCAGUUACAAUCCAACCGAAGACAUUCCAUCUUUUUCCAGCAAAUCAACUUGAACGAAAUGGUUAUGUGUUUGGAAGAUUUGAUUAAUUAUUUCGCCCAACCCGAAGAUGAUAUGGAGCAUGAAGAAAAACAAAAUCGUCUACGAGCUCUGAGAAACAGGCAGGAUCUGUUUCAAGAAGAAGGAAUCCUUAAUUUAAUCCUGGAAGCCAUCGACAAAAUCAACGUCAUCACAUCUCAAGGUUUCUUAGCGCAAUUAGCCGGAGAUCAAAGCUGGGAAACAAUCGGAGUGUAUCUAUAUCAAUUGUUAGCUGCAAUCAUUAAGGGAAAUCACACGAAUUGUGCGCAAUUCGCCAAUUCCAAUCGACUGAACUGGUUGUUUUCUAGAUUAGGUUCGCAGGCUUCCGGCGAAGGUACAGGAAUGUUGGACGUACUUCACUGCGUCUUAAUAGAUUCUCCAGAAGCUUUGAACAUGAUGAGGGAUGAACAUAUUAAAGUAAUAAUAUCUCUCCUGGAAAAACACGGAAGAGAUCCUAAAGUUUUGGACGUUUUGUGCUCUCUGUGCGUCGGUAAUGGAGUCGCAGUUCGUAGUUCACAAAAUAAUAUCUGUGAUUAUCUAUUGCCUGGAAAAAAUUUACUUUUGCAAACCCAAUUAGUCGACCAUGUUGCAAGUGUCCGACCAAAUAUAUUUGUAGGUAGAGUAGAAGGUAGUGCGAUUUAUCAAAAAUGGUAUUUUGAGGUCACUGUUGAUCAUUUAGAACAGACCACACACAUGACUCCGCAUUUGAGAAUUGGUUGGGCGAAUUCUAAAGGUUAUAUACCGUAUCCUGGAGGUGGAGAGAAAUGGGGUGGAAACGGUGUAGGAGAUGAUUUAUAUUCCUAUGGUUUCGAUGGUGCAUACCUUUGGACUGGAGGUAGAAGUACCAGGGUAGUUCUAAGUAACUCAGAACCGUUUAUAAGAAAAACUGAUGUUAUUGGAUGUGCCUUAGAUUUAACAGUUCCAAUGAUCAAUUUUACGUUUAAUGGUGUGCCAAUUAGAGGUAGUUUUCGUAAUUUCAACUUGGACGGCAUGUUCUUCCCUGUCAUAAGCUGUUCUUCCAAACUAAGUUGCCGUUUCUUACUUGGCGGCGAUCACGGUAAACUAAAAUAUUUCCCUCCAGAAGACUUCUCUCCUCUCGUCGAGAGCCUUCUACCUCAGCAAAUCCUCUUGCUCGAACCUUGCUUCUAUUUCGGCAACAUGUCGAAGAAUGUUAUAGCAGGACCCCUUUACGUGGAAGACGAUACGGCAUUCGUACCGAAUCCUGUGGAUACUUCCAUGGUAACGCUACCUCCUUACAUAGAGUCGAUCAGAGAUAAACUAGCCGAAAAUAUUCACGAAAUGUGGGCUAUGAAUAAAAUCGAAGCUGGAUGCCAAUGGGGAGAGUUCAGGGACGAUUCUAGGCUGAUUCAUCCCUGUUUGGUUUCGUUUGAUAAGUUGCCGGGAGCUGAAAGAAAAUAUGAUACUCAGUUAGCUGUUCAAACCUUAAAGACUAUCAUUGCUCUUGGAUACUAUAUAACGAUGGACAAACCUCCUUCAAGAAUAAAGACUAUCCGACUGCCCAACGAACCUUUUUUGCAAGCCAACGGUUACAAACCAGCUCCUCUUGACUUAAGCGCUAUCAGUUUGACAGCAAAAUUGGAAGAAUUGGUCGAUCAAUUGGCAGAAAAUACGCAUAAUCUAUGGGCAAAGGAAAGAAUACAAAAUGGAUGGACGUAUGGACUUAACGAAGACCCUGACAUGUUCAGGAGCCCCCAUCUGGUUCCUUACGGCAAAGUAGACGACGCAAUCAAAAAAGCCAAUCGUGACACAGCAUCAGAAACGGUCAGAACGCUUUUGGUCUACGGAUACAACUUAGACCCGCCUACUGGUGAACAGCAAGAAACCUUAUUAGGCGACAUCAACAGACAGAGGCUGUUACACUUCAGAACUUAUAGGGCUGAGAAGAAUUACGCUGUCAGCUCAGGAAAAUGGUACUUCGAAUUCGAAAUUUUGACAGCCGGGCCCAUGAGGGUCGGUUGGGCAAAGGCGGAUUGCGCUCCAGGGUGUAUGCUGGGAUCUGACGAGAAUACGUGGGCGUUUGAUGGGUACAAUGAAGAGAAAGUAUACACUAAUUCUGCUGAGUCAUUCGGCAAACAGUGGCAAGUGAGUGAUGUCGUUGGGGUUUUUCUUGACCUAAUUGAUCAUACUAUAAGUUUUUCUUUGAAUGGUGAACUUCUUAUGGAUGCCCUUGGUGGAGAAACGACGUUCGCUGACGUACAGGGCGAUAAUUUCGUACCAGCGUUCACUCUCGGAGUUGGUCAAAAAGCCAAACUUAUUUUUGGUCAAGACGUUACGCAAUUAAAAUAUUUCACAAUGUGCGGGUUACAAGAGGGAUACGAACCAUUCUGUGUAAAUAUGAAUCGAGCGGUAACCUACUGGUACACCCAAGAUCAACCAAUAUUUGAAAAUACCGAAGACAUACCUGAUACGAAAAUAGAUGUAACUAGAAUAUUAGCAGGUUCUGAGACACCACCUUGCUUGAAGAUCAGUCAUAACACGUUCGAAACCAUGGAGAAAGCCAACUGGGAAUUUUUGAGAUUAAGUUUGCCUGUCAUAUGCCAUUCUCAAUUUAUAUCGGAAGACGAAAAGCGCAGGAGAUGGGAUGAAAUUAAAAUUCGUCAACAUAGAUUGAAGGCGGAAGUUAUCGAUCAAGGACCUCCGGCUCACAUAGAAAAUAUCAUGAAGAGCGGAUUCUCGAUGAGCGACAUCAAAGGUUUGCACAGAAAUUAUGAAGAUGCCGUGGAAUCGGACGAAGUGAUGAAACAACAAAGUCACCAACAAAGUCACCAACAAAGUCACCAACAAAGUAACACUAACAAAUCUAUGAGGUUGCCGUCUCGACCUCCGAGAAAAGGUUCUUUAUCCAGAAAUGUGAAUGGUUUUGAUGAUAAUACUCUAGGAGUCAUGACAGGCAGAGGUGUGCAGAGGUCCAGCAGCGAACUUAACAUGAAUAGAUACAACGAAAUGACAAAUAGCGUUCCAGAAAAGACGGACGACAAGAAAAAGAGAGGUAGAUCACCGUUCAGAUUUUUCUCUAAGAAAAAUCGUGAAGCCGGCACAAGCGGUGAAAGAGAUCGCAUCAAAAAAGCGAGAACUCCGGAUCCAGCACCAAGAAUGGCGAGCGAUCUAUCACCGCAAGCGAGAUCGGUCGGUUUAUCCAACACUGCUUUACAGAGGCGACAGACAAUGAAACAGUCUCAGACCGAUCUUCAUCAUCAAGCACCUAUAGAUAAACAGCAAAAGCAAUUAACGGUAACGCUACCAUCGGAUAUAGAAUCAGUUGGUAAUGAAAUUUAUGAUGCGGAAUGUCUCAAACUAAUAAAUGAGUACUUUUACGGUGUGCGUAUAUUUCCUGGUCAAGAUCCUGCACACACUUACGUAGGCUGGGUAACAACUCAAUAUCAUCUCCAUAGUAAAGAUUUUAACCAAAAUCAAGUACGCAAAUCUUCCGUGUGGGUUGUAGAUGAUUUUGAUCGUGUGGUUGAUGGCGUCGACCGACAAUCUUGUUACAUGGUUAGAUCAGAUGAAUUGUACAACCAAGUGACUCAAGACGCUUCUGGUAAAGGAGCUUCACAAGGAAUGUUUAUUGGUUGUUUCUUAGAUGCGGCUACUGGUAUCAUAACAUUUACUUGCGACGGAAAACCGACUUCACAUAGGUUUAAAAUGGAACCUGAAACAAAACUGUUUCCCGCUAUUUUCGUGGAAGCGACGAGCAAAGAAGUCUUACAGGUUGAAUUGGGAAGGACUCCAACUAGCCUUCCACUGUCUGCUGCUAUUUUGCAAAACAGUGCGAGACACGUUAUACCACAGUUUCCACCGAGAUUAAAAGUUCAAUGUUUGAAACCACAUCAAUGGGCUAGAGUACCGAAUCAAAGUCUUCAAGUACAUGCUUUGAAACUUUCUGACAUAAGAGGAUGGUCAAUGUUAUGCGAAGACCCGAUAUCGAUGUUGGCUCUUCAUAUUCCAGAGGAAGAUAGAUGCAUAGAUAUCCUGGAACUUAUAGAAAUGGAUAAAUUGCUCAGUUUCCACGCGCACACUUUGACAUUAUACGCGGCGUUGUGCUAUCAAAGUAACUACAGAGCGGCGCACGUGUUGUGUAAACAUGUCGACCAGAAACAAUUGUUGUACGCCAUAAAAUCCGAGUAUAUGAGUGGUCCGCUCAGACAAGGUUUCUACGAUUUGUUAAUUGCUGUUCAUCUGGAAUCUACGGCUACAACUAUGGAAGUAUGUAAAAACGAAUACGUAAUUCCUAUUGGCCAAGAACUGAAAGAUUUGUACGCCGACGACCCAGAAAUGGGACACAGUUUAAGACGACUUAAAAUGGAGUCCGUUCAACCGCAGAUGAAAAUGUCAGAUAUAACGGAAAAUAUUGCCAAUAUUAAAGAACUGUACGCUCCAUAUUUUCCUUUGGAUGUCGUUCGAGACUACGUAAUGAAAGCUCUAUCGGAAUCUGUCGAAACCAAUCAAGUUCACAAUCGGGAUCCAAUUGGAGGAUCCAAUGAAAAUCUUUUCUUACCUCUCUUGAAACUAGUCGAUCGCCUGCUCCUGGUCGGAAUGUUAAGCGACGAAGACGUAGAUAAACUUCUAAUAAUGGUGUGUCCAGAAACCUGGGAUGAAUCUUACGAAAAGGACGGCAAAGACGAGCAUCGAAAAGGUCUGUUGUCCAUGAAAAUGGCCGAAGGUGCCAAACUCCAAAUGUGUUAUCUUCUCCAUCACUUAUGCGACAUCCAAUUAAGGCACCGGGUGGAGUCUAUAAUAGCUUUCAGCCACGAUUUCGUUGGCGAACUUCAAACCGAUCAAUUGCGAAGAUACAUCGAUAUCAAACAAUCCGAUUUACCUUCUGCCGUCGCCGCGAAAAAAACGAGAGAGUUCAGGUGCCCUCCUAGAGAGCAAAUGAACGCCAUCUUGUGUAAGUUUAAGAGAAUAGCAGGCUUCAAAAACAUUGAAGAAGAAGAUAAAGACAAUUGCCCUCUGGGUGAUGAUUUGUGCGAAAGAAUGAACACUUUCCAUCACAGGUUGAUGAACCACGUAUCACUUCAAGCUCUCCUUGCACCAGAAGAAGAAGAGAAUACAGAGGUUGUCAAACUGGGACCGUUUAAAAAAUUAUACAAUUUAAUAAACGCCGUAAAAGAACUGGAAGAGGAGAAGAAGGAGGAACCCGAACCUGAAAAGAAAACUCCAGAAGAAACGUUCAGGAAGGUACUUAUUGCCACUAUUGUUAGAUGGGCGGAGGAAACUCAAAUUGAAACUUCAAAUCUAGUCCAGGAGAUGUUUAGUUUGUUGGUAAGACAAUAUGACUCAGUAGGAGAGCUAAUUAGAGCUUUAGAAAAGACGUACAUCAUUAAUGCAAAGACAAAAAUAGAUGUGGCAGAAAUGUGGGUCGGUUUGAGUCAAAUCAGAGCUUUGCUUCCCGUACAAAUGUCGCAAGAAGAAGAAGAACUAAUGAGAGAGAGAUUGUGGAAGCUGGUGAACAAUCACACUUUCUUCCAACAUCCUGACUUAAUUCGAGUCUUGAGGAUCCACGAGAACGUUAUGGCUGUCAUGAUUAAUACUUUGGGCAGAAGAUCGCAAGCUCAAUCCGAUGCUAGCAACCAGCAGCAGAACACCGAAGGUGAAGUUGCUACCAAAGAAAAGGACACUUCUCACGAGAUGGUGGUCGCUUGCUGCCGUUUCUUAUGCUAUUUCUGCAGAACCGGCAGACAGAACCAGAAAGCCAUGUUCGAACACUUCGACUUUUUACUCGAUAACAGUAACAUUCUUUUAUCGAGACCGAGUUUAAGAGGCUCUACGCCUCUCGAUGUAUCUUACUCCUCGCUCAUGGAGAACACUGAACUAGCUUUGGCUCUUCGCGAACACUAUCUAGAAAAAAUUGCCGUAUAUUUAUCUCGCUGUGGUCUACAAUCAAAUUCAGAAUUAAUAGAAAAAGGUUACCCGGAUUUAGGUUGGGACCCGGUAGAAGGAGAAAGGUACCUAGAUUUUUUGAGGUUUUGCGUUUGGGUGAACGGCGAAAGCGUCGAAGAAAACGCCAAUCUCGUAAUAAGACUGUUAAUCCGACGACCAGAAUGUUUGGGACCCGCUCUCAGAGGAGAAGGCGAAGGUUUAUUAAGAGCUAUAGUAGAUGCUAACAAAAUGUCCGAGAGAAUAGCAGAUAGAAGAAAAAUGAUGGACGAAGCUGAGGGGACUGUUGUUAAUAUUGCACAAUUUACACACCCGUUGCCGGAAAGCGACGAUGAUGAAGAUUAUAUCGAUACUGGUGCAGCUAUUUUAAAUUUCUACUGCACCUUGGUCGAUCUUUUGGGACGGUGCGCUCCCGAUGCGUCAGUAAUUGCUUUGGGAAAGAACGAAUCUUUAAGAGCAAGAGCCAUUCUACGAUCUCUUGUACCAUUAGAGGAUUUGCAAGGAGUUUUGAGCGAAAAAUUCACUCUACAUAAUCCAGCCGCUGGAGAAGAAAGACCUAAGUCUGAUAUGCCUUCUGGAUUGACACCUCCUCACAAGCAGUCCAUCGUUCUGUUUUUGGAAAGAGUUUACGGCAUCGAAACUCAAGAGUUGUUCUACAAACUUUUGGAAGACGCUUUCUUGCCAGAUUUGAGAUGUGCCACAAUGUUGGACAGGAAUGAUGGUAGUGAAUCUGAUAUGGCUCUAAGUAUGAACAGAUACAUUGGAAAUUCCAUCUUGCCGCUAUUGAUUCAGCACAGUAAAUUUUACAGUGAGGCUGAGAACUACGCUUCUUUAUUAGAUGCAACUUUGCAUACUGUGUACCGGUUGUCAAAGAACCGAAUGUUAACCAAAGGUCAAAGAGAAGCUGUAUCAGAUUUCUUAGUUGCUUUAACCAGUCAGCUGCAACCUUCAAUGCUUCUGAAAUUGCUCAGGAAGUUGACGGUCGAUGUAUCUAAUCUUUCAGAAUACACAACAGUCGCUUUGAGACUAUUGACAUUACAUUAUGACAGAUGUGCCAAAUAUUACGGUUCUAGCGGUGGCCAAGGAAUUUACGGAUCUUCCAGCGAUGAAGAAAAAAGGUUAACGAUGAUGCUCUUCUCCAAUAUUUUUGAUUCUUUGAGCAAAAUGGAUUACGAGCCGGAACUGUUCGGAAAGGCUUUACCUUGUCUCACAGCCAUAGGUUGUGCUUUACCACCGGACUAUUCCCUUUCUAAAAACUACGAUGACGAAUGGUAUACCAACAAGUCCGAUAAAUCCAGCACGGAUGGACCUUACAAUCCGCAACCGAUCAAUACUUCUUCCAUCGUAUUGAACAAUGAUUUAAACAAUAUUGUCCAGCAGUUUUCUGAGCAUUAUCACGACGCUUGGGCUUCGAGGAAAUUGGAGAACGCUUGGCAAUAUGGUGAAACUUACUCUGGAUGGGAUAGCAAUAAGACGCAUCCUAGGUUGAAGCCUUAUUCUAUGCUUAAUGAUUACGAAAAAGAGAGGUACAAAGAACCCGUCAGAGAAUCUCUCAAAGCCCUGCUAGCCAUUGGCUGGUCCGUUGAACAAUUUGAAGUAGAUCUACCGUCAAACAAUAGAAAUUCCGGCAUAAGACAAUCUGCAGAGGGUAGUUCGGCGUUUAAUUACAACCCACAUCCGGUCGAUAUGACCAAUCUUACUUUGUCGAGAGAAAUGCAAAAUAUGGCCGAACGUUUGGCAGAAAACGCUCACGACAUUUGGGCGAGAAAGAAGAAGGAAGAGUUGAUUACUUGCGGAGGUGGCAUCCAUCCUCAAUUGGUUCCUUACGACCUAUUGACAGAUAAGGAGAAGAAAAAGGAUAGAGAGAGAUCGCAAGAGUUCUUAAAAUAUCUUCAAUACCAAGGAUAUAAAUUACACAGGCCAAAUCGAGGAGGACAACAAGAUACUGAACAAUCAACAGCCGGUCCCUCAGUGGAACUGCGUUUUGCGUACAGUUUACUGGAAAAACUAAUCCAAUACUUAGAUCGCGCCACAGUCAACAUGAAGCUCUUGAAGCCCUCGCAAACCUUCAGCAGAAGAAGUUCGUACAAGACAUCAUCGCGCGACAUUAAAUUCUUCUCGAAAGUGGUUUUACCGCUAAUGGAAAAAUACUUCUCCACCCAUAGAAAUUAUUUCAUAACAAUAGCGACAGCUACUAAUAAUGUGGGAGCGGCUAGUUUGAAAGAAAAAGAAAUGGUGGCAGCGUUAUUCUGCAAAUUGGCCAAUUUGCUGAGAACCAAAUUGGCGGCUUUCGGAGCGGACGUCAGAAUUACGGUCAGAUGUUUGCAGGUACUCGUCAAGGGAAUUGACGCCAAAUCCCUCGUUAAGAAUUGCCCGGAGUUUAUCAGAACUUCCAUGUUGACGUUCUUCAAUAACACGGCUGAUGAUUUAGGACAUACCAUUAUCAAUUUACAGGAGGGAAAGUAUAGUCAUCUGAGAGGAACACACCUGAAAACUUCAACAUCACUUUUUUACGUCAAUGUUGUAGUUUUACCUGUUCUAACAUCACUUUUCGAUCAUUUGGCCAAUUGUGAAUAUGGCAGCGACCUAUUACUGGACGAAAUUCAAGUCGCUUCCUACAAAAUAUUACAAGCACUCUACAUUCUUGGGACGGAUCCUACGCUAUCACACGAAAGGAAGUACUUAAAAACGGAAAUGGAGAAAUAUAGACCGUCGCUGGGAUCCUGUUUGGGUGCUUUCAGUUCUACAUUUCCGGUUGCCUUUUUGGAACCGCAUUUAAACAAAAAUAAUCAGUUUUCACUUUUGAAUAGAAUCGCAGAUCAUUCUUUAGAAGCCCAAGACAUAAUGGCACGUAUGGAAAGUUCAAUGCCUACCCUGGAAACAAUUAUUUCUGAAGUAGAUCAGUUUGUAGACAGCGAAAAGACAUAUUCUGACUCUCCUUAUGUUAUUGACGUCAUAAUGCCUAUGUUGUGCUCCUAUCUUCCUUUCUGGUGGUCCCAAGGACCUGAUAAUGUCAGCCCAACCGGAGGUACCCACGUCUCAAUGGUUACUUCCGAACACAUGAAUCAGUUGCUUAAGAACGUGUUGAAAAUGAUUAAGAAAAAUAUCGGCAACGAAAGUUCUCCUUGGAUGACAAGGGUUGCCGCUUACACUCAACAGAUCAUCAUUAACAGCAGCGAAGAGUUGCUCAAAGAUCCGUUCCUUCCUUUGGCCGAGAGAGUGAAGAAACGAACAGAAGCAAUGUUCCACAAAGAAGAAAGCUUGCGAGGAUUUAUUAAGAGUUCGUCAGAAGAUACUUCGCAGAUCGAGACCCAAAUUCAAGAAGACUGGCAUCUCCUAGUAAGAGACAUCUACUCUUUCUAUCCCCUUCUAAUAAAAUACGUUGAUCUUCAAAGGAAUCACUGGUUAAGACACAACGUUGCAGAGGCCGAAGAUCUAUAUAACCACGUGGCCGAAAUAUUUAAUAUUUGGUCUAAUUCACAAUACUUCUUGCGAGAAGAACAGAACUUCAUUUCUGCGAACGAAAUUGAUAAUAUGGUACUGAUUAUGCCCACGGCAACAAGAAGACCGGUGGUUCCUGAUGGUAGUCAGCCAACUGUUGGAAAGAAAAAGAAAAAACAUCGCGACAAAAAGAGAGACAAGGACAAGGAAAUUCAAGCUUCAUUGAUGGUCGCAUGUUUGAAGCGUCUUUUGCCGGUUGGUUUGAACCUGUUCGCCGGACGUGAACAAGAACUGGUGCAACACUGUAAAGAUCGUUUCUUGAAGAAAAUGCCUGAAUACGAUAUAAUAGACUUCGCGAAGAACCAACUCACUUUACCUGACAAAAUCGAUCCUGCAGAUGAAAUGUCCUGGCAGCAUUUCCUAUACAGUCAGUUGGGAAGCAAGAAGAGCAUAUCUAUCAGCUCUGUCGACAAUAAUGGAAAAAAUCAAGUAGACGAAACGGUUGAUAGAAUUGUAGCAAUGAGUAAAGUAUUAUACGGACUACACAUGAUCGAUCACCCGCAACAGCAGCAGAAAGGUGUUUACAGAAGCGUCGUUUCGACCCAAAGGAAGCGUGCAGUACUUUCUUGCUUCCGUCAGGCUUCUUUGCACAGUUUGCCAAGACAUCGAGCAAUAAACAUCUUCAUUCGAACUUACCGAGAUUUCUGGUUGCAAGACGAAAACAUAGGACAGGAAGUGUUGAUCGAAGACCUAACGCAGAGUUUCGAAGAUUCAGAAUUGAAAAAAAAAGAAGGCGAAGAAUACGAAAGCAAACCAGAUCCUCUUACUCAACUAGUAACCACAUUCUGUCGAGGAGCAAUGACUGAAAGGUCCGGAGCUUUACAAGAAGAUCCGCUGUAUAUGAGCUACGCUGAGAUUAUUGCCAAGUCUUGCGGCGAAGAGGAAGAAGAAGGUGAGGAGGAAGAGGGAGGCGGUGAAGGUGAAGAAGGUGGUACUUCCAUUCAUGAACAAGAAAUGGAGAAACAAAAACUUUUAUUCAACCAAGCUCGUCUGGCAAACAGAGGCGUAGCUGAGAUGGUUCUUCUCCAUAUUUCAGCAUGCAAAGGGGUUCCUUCUGAAAUGGUGAUGAAAACUUUAGAACUAGGAAUAUCAGUUCUACGCGGCGGUAAUUUCGAUAUCCAAAUGGGAAUGUUAAACCAUCUCAAAGAAAAGAAAGACGUGGGUUUCUUCACCAGCAUUGCUGGACUGAUGAACAGCUGUGGUGUAUUGGAUUUGGACGCGUUCGAAAGAAACACCAAAGCCGAAGGUCUCGGAGUUGGAUCUGAAGGAGCUGCUGGUGAAAAAAAUAUGCACGAUGCAGAAUUUACUUGUGCACUAUUCAGAUUUAUCCAACUGACCUGUGAAGGUCACAAUCUAGAAUGGCAAAAUUAUCUAAGAACCCAGGCCGGUAACACAACUACGGUAAAUGUAGUAAUUUGUACCGUCGAUUAUUUGCUAAGGCUGCAAGAAUCGAUAAUGGACUUUUACUGGCAUUAUUCCAGCAAGGAACUGAUAGAUCCAGCUGGUAAAGCGAACUUCUUCAAAGCCAUCGGUGUCGCCAGUCAAGUUUUUAACACGCUCACUGAAGUCAUCCAGGGACCUUGCACCCUUAAUCAGCAAGCUUUAGCACAUUCCAGAUUGUGGGACGCCGUAGGCGGUUUUCUUUUCCUCUUUUCCCACAUGCAAGACAAACUUUCCAAACACUCCAACCAGGUCGACUUGCUCAAAGAACUGCUCAAUUUGCAAAAAGACAUGAUCACCAUGAUGUUGUCUAUGCUUGAAGGCAACGUCGUUAACGGUACCAUCGGUAAACAGAUGGUUGACACAUUGGUCGAGAGUGCUAGUAACGUAGAACUAAUCCUAAAAUACUUCGAUAUGUUUUUGAAAUUGAAGGUAUUAACUUCGUCUGCCGGUUUCCAGGAAAUCGAUUUGAAUAGCGACGGUUGGGUAUAUCCCAAAGAUUUUAAAGAGAAAAUGGAGCAGUCCAAAAAUUAUACAUCAGAAGAAAUCGAAUUCUUGUUGGCUUGUUGCGAAACCAACCACGAUGGCAAAAUAGAUUACGUCGACUUCAUCGGUAGAUUUCACGAACCCGCCAAAGAAAUCGGUUUUAAUUUGGCAGUACUUUUGACGAAUUUGGCCGAACACAUGCCCAACGAACCAAGACUAGCCAGAUUCUUAGAAACUGCAGGAUCCGUUCUAAACUAUUUCGAACCGUUCUUAGGGCGUAUCGAAAUUAUGGGCGGCAGUAAACGCAUCGAGCGGGUCUAUUUCGAAAUCAAGGAAUCUAACAUCGAGCAAUGGGAGAAACCUCAAAUUAAGGAAUCGAAACGAGCGUUCUUCUACUCCAUCGUCACCGAGGGCGGAGACAAAGAAAAGCUCGAAGCAUUCAUCAACUUCUGCGAGGACGCCAUCUUUGAAAUGCAACACGCUAGCGGUUUAAUGGCCGUAGAAGAGUCCGGAGGCGGAGGUCCAACUAGAUCCACGAGCUACAGUUAUAUGACCGACGAAGAUGAGGACAGACUCCGCAAGAAUCCGAUACAAAGAGGUUACGCGGCUAUAAAAGAAGGAAUAUCGUACGGAUUAUCCUCGUUAAGUCCUUCUAAUAUCAAACACAAAAUUUCAGAAAUGCAACAAAUGACUUUUACGGAGCUGUUUAUCGGUUUCUUCAAGUUGAUAUUUUUCGCGUUUUACUAUUCGGGUUUCGGUGUGGCCGUAGUUAUAAAAUACAUCUUAGGCAUCCUGAUGUCGUUGAUGAGAGGUCCUGCAGUUGAAGAGCCGGUCAUACAAGUGGCCGUAGAAGAAAAAACGGGUCCGUUACGAGUGUUGCCUUCUUUACCGACGACGGAAGAACAAAAUACACAGAUACAGGCAUUCGGAGUGGAAAUAUCGAAAGAGGAUAACGGCAAUUACAAAAUGGCCCCGCACGAAUCACCCACUGGAAGCCAACCGUCUUCGGGAGAGGGAGAAACUACCCCGGAAGAAGGUGGAGAACACACCGAUGCGGAAACCACCGAGCAGCCUCUAUCUUUGGCCGAUUUAUUAGGCGGAGAGCAAGCUAAGAGGGCACAGCAAGAAAAAGUUGAAGCCCAAGCAGCACAGCAAGCCGUGAUGCAGGCGAUUGAAACCGAGAGCAAGAUAGUCCACAUAGCAGAACCAUCUGCUAUGUCUCAAAUCAAUUUUGCUUCUUACGGUCACAGAGCGGUAUCUUUCCUCGCCAGGAACUUCUACAACUUGAAAUAUGUCGCUCUCGUCUUGGCGUUUUGUAUCAACUUCAUGUUGCUGUUUUACAAGGUAUCCAGUAUUAAUGAAGAAGGAGGAAGCGGUAGCGGUGGUAAAGGCAUCGCAGAUAUUAUCGAAGGUUCUGGAUCUGAUAGCGGCAGCGGAAUGGGAUCUGGCGAUUCGGCCGAAGAAGACGAUCUGCCGGAGCUUGUCCACGUGGAUGAAGAUUUCUAUUAUAUGGCCCACGUAAUGAGGUUGGCGGCUAUGUUGCACAGCGCAGUAUCAUUAGCGAUGCUAAUAGCUUACUACCAUCUAAAAGUUCCUCUUGCUAUAUUCAAAAGGGAAAAGGAAAUCGCAAGGAGGCUUGAAUUUGAAGGACUGUACAUAGCGGAACAGCCGGAGGACGAUGAUCUAAAAUCUCAUUGGGAUAAAUUGGUUAUAUCGGCAAAGUCUUUCCCGGUGAAUUACUGGGAUAAAUUUAUAAAGAAAAAGGUACGACAAAAAUAUAGCGAAACUUACGACUUUGAUUCCAUUAGCAGUCUUCUGGGCAUGGAAAAAACAUCAUUCCAGCAACAACAAGAGGCUGAAGAAAAGCAUGGCCUUAUAGCUCUAAUUAUCAACAUCGAUUGGCGAUACCAAAUAUGGAAAUCGGGCGUAACAAUCACCGACAACUCGUUCUUGUACUCCCUAUGGUAUUUCACGUUCUCCAUUUUGGGAAACUUUAAUAACUUCUUUUUCGCCGCCCAUUUGCUCGAUGUGGCCGUCGGUUUCAAAACAUUGCGUACCAUCUUGCAAUCCGUAACGCACAACGGCAAACAGCUCGUCCUCACUGUAAUGUUAUUGACAAUCAUAGUGUACAUUUAUACCGUAAUAGCGUUCAACUUCUUCAGGAAAUUCUACGUGCAAGAAGAGGACGAAGAGGUCGAUAGAAAGUGCCACGAUAUGCUUACGUGCUUCGUAUUCCAUCUUUAUAAGGGUGUAAGGGCUGGUGGAGGUAUUGGAGAUGAAAUUGAACCACCAGAUGGGGAUGAUUACGAAGUAUACCGUAUUAUGUUUGACAUUACGUUCUUCUUCUUUGUUAUUGUCAUUUUGUUGGCCAUCAUUCAGGGUUUAAUCAUUGAUGCUUUUGGUGAGCUUCGUGAUCAACUUGAGAGCGUAAAAGACGAUAUGGAAUCAAAUUGCUUUAUAUGCGGUAUUGGAAAAGACUACUUUGAUAAAGUUCCGCACGGUUUCGACACUCAUGUACAGCAGGAGCACAACCUAGCAAAUUACAUGUUCUUCCUUAUGCACUUGAUCAACAAACCGGACACAGAAUAUACCGGUCAAGAAACGUACGUCUGGAAUAUGUACACGCAACGAUGCUGGGACUUCUUCCCGGUUGGUGACUGCUUCCGAAAACAGUACGAAGACGAAUUAGGAGGUGGAGGUGGUUAAUUCUUCCAUACUUAUGCAUUGCAUGCACAAUAUUUAAAAAAUCGCUCAAUUUCUAUCCAAAUCUUUGUCUUUAAUUCGAAUAUCCACACAGUGAAAAACUUGUCGGUUUUGCUUUGUAAAUAAACGUACGAAUAGGUCAAAAUAAUAUCAAGCUAUGCGUUAAACUUUUCGAGAAUCUAUGCCUUACGUUAUUUUUUUGUAAAUGUUUAAGAUUUUAACGCAUGUAUUUGCGGAAUUUGAACUAUGAUUAAAUAUUUUCUUGUUAA